AUGCGCCUGCCCCCCGACGCCGCCGAGGCGAGGCUGCGCGACAUCGCGGGCCGCAACGGCGGGGAGGUGCCCCUGCACGGCCGGCUCUUCGCCGAGUUCCUCCACAACGCCUUCCCCGCCGAUUGCCCGUACCCGCACGUGGCCGAGGACGCGUCGGCCUUCGCUCCGGGUCGCUGGUCCUCUGGGAGGGCCGCGGCGUCCGAGGAGGAGCGCAGGCAGCACGUCGAGGCCGCGCCGGGCGACUGGGAGCGGGGGGAGCUGGGGGCGGCCACCACUUCCUGGAGCGAGGAGGAGGUGCUGCCGGUGCUGGAGGCCCCGAGGCGCGCCCGCGGCGCCUGGAGCGGCGCCGUGCGCUCCGUGGCGCAGGCGGCGGCGGCCCUGGCGGUGCUGCGCAUCGCCCUGUCCGGGUGGCGCGCCGCGCGGGGGGCGGCGGGCGGCGCGGGGAAGGACAAGGGCCUCGUCCUGCCUCUGCGCGUCUGA